AUGGGCCUCCCUACAAGAGCGGCCCUUGCGGCGCUGCUUUACACCGCAGCAGUCACAGCUCACGACCACGAUAUGGAUGCGAUCCCAGAUGGUGAUGCCAUAUCACCUGACCCAAUAGACUCAAUACUAUGGACGCACAUCUUGAUCCAAACGGUGGCUUGGGGCAUCAUCUUCCCCACUGGUAUGGUAUUAGGAAUAAUACGAUCCAAAUGGCACGUCCCGGUACAAUCUCUCGGAACCGUCCUCGCAAUCAUCGGAUACUUCCUCGGCCAUAGACACAAGGGCAGGCAGUUCACCGACAACAUCCACAGCCAGUUUGUCCCUGUCAUCAUGCUCAUGUUGGUGUCCCAAGUCGCUAUGGGCAUCUACCUGAAGCUACACCUGGAGAAAGGCUUCAAUGGGAAGAUACGGCGCGUGGUAGUGAAGGCGCACGGUGUUGUUGGAAAGGCUAUGCCAGUGGUCACCUGGGUGCAGUUCCUCUUUGGAGGAAUUACUGCACUCGGCUUCUGCAGAGCGGACCACACCGGACAAUGUCUGGCGCACUUCAUUAUGGGCAGCGCCUUCAUCGCAUACGGCAUUAUUCUCCUGAUUCUACUUCUGGUUGGACAGAUGUGGCUGCGGAGGACCGGAAGGAGCCAGGAAUUCUUCGACUCGCUCGUCAUCGCCGCCUGGGGUUGCGUCAACACGUUCACCGAACACCGCUGGGGAGGACCGUGGGUACACAACGACCUUCAGCACACAUCGAUGGGCAUCGUAUGGUGGGCUGCCGGACUGGUCGGUGUCUGGCUCAGCCGAAAGCGCAAUGGACAGCCGAAGCGCAACCUUAUCCCCGGUAUCAUCAUCUUGAUGACUGGUUGGGCCAUGUCUGCGCACCCGCAACAUCUGCCAAUCUCGACUAUGAUUCACACCAUAUUUGGCUACACCCUCAUGGCCGCAGGUGCCGCGCGUAUCAUCGAGAUCUCAUUCGUGCUCAAGGACCGCGCUUCUGUCGCAACCGAUGGCUCAGACCCGAACAGCUUCCAGUACCUAACACCGUUCCUGCUCAUGGCGGGUGGGUUCAUGUUCAUGGGUGCUACCGAAGAGCAGAUGAAGCUGCUAUCCGACGCGAACGUCACGCAUGUGUCGUAUGUGCUGAUUCUGUACAGCAUCGCUUUCUUGCUGUUCCUUUUCGUCAACAUGCUCAUCCACCUCUACGCCGUAUACACUUGGGAACAAGACGACAAAGCCGAUGCCGAAGCGCCCCUCACGAACGGUCACGCGAAUGGACACAUCAAUGGAUACACAAGGGUCGAUCGUCGAGUGAGAGACGCCGAGGAGUUCGAAUUGGAAGGUCUUGACUCAGACGACGACGAUGAAGAUUCAUCGCGUCCGAACAAGGAGCAUAGAUCCCUGGCUGCGCAACAUUAA